AUGUUUUAUUCCCAGUUCAUACUGGCCAAGAAAGGGCCUUUGGGUACGAUAUGGAUAGCCGCUCAUUUGGAAAGGAAGCUGCGGAAGAAUCAGGUUGCAGAUACUGAUAUUGGUGUCUCUGUUGAUUCAAUUCUGUUCCCUGAAGUACCAAUUGCACUAAGGCUUUCCAGUCAUCUUCUGCUUGGUGUGGUGAGGAUAUACAAUAGGAAGGUGAAUUACCUUUUCGAUGAUUGCAGUGAGGCUUUGCUAAAGAUAAAGCAAGCUUUUCGGUCCACUGCAGUUGAUUUGCCACCUGAAGAGUCAACUGCUCCAUAUCACUCCAUCACCUUGCCCGAGACUUUUGAUCUUGAUGAUUUCGAACUUCCAGAUAAUGAUAUUCUCCAGGGUAAUUUUGUCGAUCAUCACAUUAGUUCAAGGGAGCAAAUUACCCUUCAAGACACUAUGGAGGGUGUGGUUUAUACCACAUCUCAGUUUGGAUUGGAUGAGCGAUUUGGUGAUGGUGAUACCUCACAAGUUGGUUUGGAGCUUGAAGAGGAAUUGUUCCUUAACAAUGCCGCAGCUUCAGAGACCAAUGAGGUUUCAGAAGUUGAUCCUAGGACGUUGAUUGAUGUUACAGAAGAACCAGAAAGAGGUGAAAGGGACUUCAGAGCUGCGACAUCCUCUGCAUCAGUUCCUGUGAAUGGUAGUGGAAACAAGAUUGGAUGUCUAUCUCCAAAUGCAGAGCUUGCUGAAUAUGCACAAGCUCCAUCUACUCCUGUAUUAGUAGAAGAGCCAAACCUGUCCAGUGUUCAGCAUGGGCUGGUCUGUGAUGAUCAUUUUGAAUCAGAAGAUCGCAAUUCGGCAGAUAUACAUGGUGCAGAGAGCACAGAACAUUUAUAUAGCAAGUCUGAUCUUCAUCACAGGGACGGAGCAAUUGAUUCUUCAGUGAUUGGUCGUAUUCAAUGCCAGGAAACUGAGCAGGAUUUCUGCCUGGUUUCUGAUUUAACAAUUCAUGAUGCAACUCUUGAAGAUGCUGUGUACGCCGCUCCAGUGUCUAUGGAGUACACGCAGGAAGACGGAACUACUAGUGGUUUGCAGGAUGCGGACAAGGUGGAUGAAUAUAAAGAGAGAGUCGUAGGAGGUGUUGAACCAGUUCCACAGCCAAUGGAGUUAAUGGACGAGAAAUGUGAAAACUCAUUUGGGGCCGGAUUGCUAGAGACUGGUCCUGUUGAUGCUUCUAAAGAUGCGGGAGGACAAUUGCUUGACAAAAUGGUAGCACAAGAUACUGCCCGUGUAUCUGAGUCUUGUUCAGCUCCUGAGCAUGUUAGUACUGAAAUACGUCCAUUACAGGGAGAGGCAAAUUUAAACAACAAUAUCGGUGACAGACAGAUGAAUCCAUCUACUAGCAUGUUUGGACUCCAGCCAUGCAACUCAAAUCCAAAUGACUCUGUUCUUCCUCCGGACAUACAACCACCCUUGGCUGCCCUACCUAAAACGCAAGAUGAUAAUUACUCACAUGGGACUUCUACUAAUGAUCAAGGUGAGGAGUGUAAUUUAGCUGACAGCGGAUUGUUGAACAAGCCUCAGACAGUACAGACUGAUUUUGAGGGGGAAGUUUUGGACGGAGGCCACAGGUUGGAAGACAAACUGGACAAUGAAAACCAAAAGAAUGAGCACUCUGAGAAGGUUGAUGACCUACCUGUACCUGAAAAAUUGCUUUCUGUACCGGAGAAGGUUCUUGAUAGACCUGAUGAGUUGAUGAAUGCGUCAACACCAGUCAGUGAACUCUUAGGAAUCAGUAAUGGGAAUGGCUCUGAGAAUAGAGUUUCUGGGAGAAAGCGCAGCUUUACUGAAAGUUCCUUGAAUGUGCAAAGUGUAAAUUCUGUGGAGUCACUUGGAUUAUCUAGAACGAAAAGAACCUCGGUCUCAGAGUCCGUUCCUGAAGAUGAUGAUUUGCUCUCUUCUAUUUUAGUUGGGAGAAAAUCUUCAGUUCUGCGGCUGAAACCUACUCCACCUGCUUCGGAGAUGCCAACUGCGAAACGUUCUCGUCCCACUUCCCGUCUUGGUGCCUUCAAGAGGAAAGUGGUCAUGGAUGAGAUGAUGGUUCUGCACGGGGAUACAAUACGUCAACAAUUGACUAAUACUGAGGACAUACGUCGUUUACGGAAGAAGGCUCCCUGCACACAGAUGGAGAUAGUGACGAUGCAAAGGCAAUUUUUGGAAGAUGAAGUUUUGACUGCACCAACCUUAUCUGGUAUGGUAGCACAAUUGAUGCAUUUGCACAAUGAAACCCUUGAUUUGAGUGGAAUAAGGGUUGUAAAAAAUGAGGUGUCUUCAGAUACUGCUGUGGAUGUAGAAUGUUCCGCAACGCUUGUUGACCAACGUGGUGAAUUGGACAAGAUCAGUGAACCUGUAGAUUGUAGAGAAAUUGAUGGUGAACAACCAGUAGAGCCUCCUGUCCUGGACAAGCAAGAUGAGAACCAACUUUUUAGUGCUUGUGGUAAUGUGGGGCAGAAAGAUGAUAUUGGCAUUGUUGUUGAUCUUGGAACAACAAGCAAUGAUUUUUUCGAGGGAAAGCUAGAUACAGGGGCUAAUAAGGAGAAUGCUGAAGAAACUGAUGCACCAGAUGGAUUUGAGACAUCCCACAUGGAGCAUGCUCCCCUAGAUAUUUCAGGGAAGCCUGUCAUGCUUUCUACCGAGACUUCUUUUUUGGGCAAAAUUUCUCAUGAGGAUGCUUUGAAGGAGACAAAUGCUAUAAACGAGCUGUCUGAUGAGAUAUAUACUGUGCCAGCUGAGGAGGAAACACGUUUGAAGGAAAUGAAUGAUGGCGAACUACCAGAUGGAGUUGACAUGGUUGGCCAUCAUGGGGAUGGUCUAGUUGCUACCAGAAGUGAAUUUAUCCUGGAGGAGGAACUUCUAAUGCAUGAAUGCAAAGAUGACCCUGCUAUUCAAAUCACAGGUGACCAAGCCGAUAGUAACGCACCUUGUGUCAAACCAACUACGUUUGACACGAUUGGAUGUGUUGGCAUUGCCUUAGUAAAUGAGCAGGCCCUGGAACAUGCUGAUGAUGGAAAUGUUAGGCUUGGUAGCGAGGAUGGAUGUGAUGUAAUGGGCUUGGAGCGCAAAGUUGAGGAUAAGUCUUGUAGUCAUAGUGAAGAAUUGAAAAUGGCCUCCCCACAUUCUGCAGGAUGUGAUGAUGAUGUUAAGAACAGUGGUUUUAAUGAUGGUAAUAAUGUAGUUUCUCAAGAUGCCAAUUGCCAAACUACCACAAAUGCAGAAGUAAUUGUUCUUGAUUGUCUUGCCACUGAAGAUCAAUGUGAAUUUCCAGACAUCACAUUCACCAAUGACACAGAAUUUUUGAAUGUUGACGACGAUGAGAUUGGAGAAGACGACAAUGACAUGCCUUCUGUUGAAGAUACUCGUCUUUUAGACAAUAGUGGAUGGUCUUCCCGGACAAGAGCUGUUGCCAAGUACCUCCAAACUUUAUUCGACGAAGAAGCAGGUCAAGGCCGCAACGUUGUGUCGAUGGAGAACCUGCUAGCUGGUAAAACACGCAAGGAGGCCUCAAGGAUGUUUUUUGAGACAUUGGUGCUUAAGACGAGGGACUACAUCCAUGUUGAGCAAGGGAAACCAUUUGAGCACAUUAACAUAAAGCCGAGAGUAAAGCUAAUGAAGUCGGACUUCUAA